AUGGGGUCUAAGGAUCGAUUUUGGAAACAAUCUUUGGGGAAAUAUGACCGCAUCACUAAAAAUCUGAUCAACAGACGUUCUUUAGAAAAGUUGACACCAUCCCCGAAAGAUCAACAAGGGGACAUCGCGCAAAUCAUUAAUUCAAUACCAGAACUUUCUGGAAAAAUAGACAGUCUAUACUGCAAUGAUGUCGAGCCUGAUGUCAUGUGCGCGUCUGGAAUUAUAACAGUUGCUGCUCAUGGUGGCGCGACAGCAGUUCCAAGUGUAUCUGACCUGCCAUUAUAUAACAUGCGCCUGAAUGAUCUUGUAAUUCCACUCAAGGACUGGCUUAAUCCUGCGAGCAUCAAAAAUACCUUUGAUACUGCUGAUUCUCUUGAUAUUACACAAGAUCCACCAUCAAUAAAACUUAAUCAUAGCAUUCCCUCUUUUGAACUCUUGCUUAAAGCCCCUCAUCUCAUUCCAUUUACCAAAAAAUUCGAAUGGGACGUCGCCAAGACAUCAUUUGUUACUAAUCAAAUUGCCGAAUACGCACGAAAUGGCAAGUUGCCAAUAAAUAUUACCGUGUCACUCAGAUUUCUAAGAGCUUCUAUCGCUUUAUUGGCACCAACAUUCGACAGCGAUCCAAAUGCUACUUUCGAAACGAAAUAG